GCUCCGGCGCUCACAUCCGCUGGAGCAAUCUGUGUUGGAAAAAGGACUUUGUGGAACUGCAGCGAUGUCAGUCCAGGUUGUGGCAACGAAAAUGGCAGAGGUCGAUCUCAAAGACGUUCCCAGCAGCAAAGAUCUACCCGCGGGAUCCCCGGUGUCCCCCGCGUCUGACGUCAAAAACAUCGCCAAAAACGAGGCCAGUUCCUCCGUCUCAACCUCCCCAACAGCGGAGUCCUCCUCUGCGAAAGCCGGGGAAGGAGCACUCAAUCCGAACCCCGGGAAGAUGCCACAAGCCUCGGCUAUGAAGCGCACGGAUCCGCAGCAAAACGGCGGGGAGGCUUUUGUCAACCGGGACGGGACAGUGGCCGAAGCUCCGCGGAUGAAAAAGAUCCAGUUUGCAGAUCAGAAACAGGAAUUCAACAAAAGACCCUCCAAAAUUGGUCGCCGCUCGCUGUCACGCUCCAUCUCUCAAUCCUCCACAGACAGCUACAGCUCAGCGGCCUCGUACACAGACAGUUCUGACGAUGAGACCUCUCCUCGGGACAAACAGCAGAAAAACUCAAAGGGAAAUGGAGACUUCUGCAUCAAAAACAUCAAACAGGCCGAGUUUGGACGCCGUGAGAUUGAGAUCGCCGAGCAAGAGAUGCCAGCGCUGAUGGCUCUGAGGAAGAGGGCUCAGGGGGAGAAGCCGCUGGCUGGUGCCAAAGUGGUUGGUUGCACCCAUAUCACUGCACAGACGGCUGUCCUGAUGGAGACCCUGUCGGCUCUGGGGGCUCAGUGCCGGUGGGCCGCCUGUAACAUUUACUCCACUCAGAACGAAGUGGCAGCUGCUCUGGCCGAGGGAGGUUUCAGUGUCUUUGCAUGGAAGGGUGAGUCAGAGGAUGACUUCUGGUGGUGCAUUGAUCGCUGCGUCAACGUUGAAGGCUGGCAGCCCAACAUGAUCUUGGAUGAUGGCGGAGAUCUUACUCACUGGAUCUACAAAAAGUAUCCAAAUAUGUUCAAAAAGAUCAAGGGCAUUGUAGAGGAGAGUGUUACCGGGGUGCACAGGUUGUACCAGUUGUCCAAAGCGGGGAAACUGUGUGUUCCUGCCAUGAACGUGAAUGACUCUGUGACAAAGCAGAAGUUUGAUAAUCUGUACUGCUGUAGGGAGUCUAUCCUGGAUGGCCUCAAGAGAACCACUGAUGUCAUGUUCGGAGGAAAGCAGGUGGUGGUGUGUGGAUACGGAGAGGUUGGAAAAGGAUGCUGCGCUGCUCUUAAAGCCAUGGGCUCCAUUGUGUACGUCACAGAGAUCGACCCAAUCUGUGCCUUGCAGGCCUGUAUGGACGGAUUCCGACUGGUCAAACUUAAUGAAGUCAUCAGGCAAGUGGACAUCGUCAUCACAUGCACAGGAAAUAAGAAUGUGGUGGUGAGGGAGAACUUGGACCGAAUGAAAAAUGGUUGCAUCGUCUGUAACAUGGGACACUCCAACACUGAGAUUGAUGUGGCCAGCCUCCGGACCCCAGAGCUGACCUGGGAGAGAGUGCGCUCACAGGUGGACCAUGUGAUCUGGCCCGAUGGCAAGAGGAUAGUCCUGCUGGCAGAGGGUCGACUGUUGAACCUCAGCUGUUCCACUGUGCCAACAUUUGUGCUGUCCAUCACUGCCACUACUCAGGCGCUGGCUCUGAUAGAACUCUACAAUGCCCCCGAGGGUCGCUACAAACAGGACGUGUACCUGCUGCCCAAGAAGAUGGACGAGUAUGUGGCCAGCCUCCACCUCCCCACUUUUGACGCACAUCUGACAGAGCUCAGUGAUGAACAGGCCAAGUAUCUGGGCCUGAACAAGAAUGGGCCAUUCAAGCCAAACUACUACAGGUAUUAAACACAGUUGGAUGGGGGGAAUCGCACCAUUCAAUAAACCACACAGACUCAUAUAACCGAGGAGGAGGAGAGAGGAGACUAAAGACCACUGGAAGAACGAAGUCAAACACAUCUGCUUUUACACAGGCGGGAUAGGGAGGGGAGGGGGACUGUGACCUCUCCAUGACCUUUUGGGGCAGAAUCUAUAAUUUAUUCAAACUUUGAUCACACUUCUUCUUAUAACUGUAACUUUCUGAAGCUGCUCCUACCAUUCACCUACCUUUCACUUUGUCUGUGUCCAACUUCAAAUUUCUUUUUGCCAACCCCAAAAGAGUCCCAUCUGUUCGUCAAGUUGUUUGUAUUGCCUCCAUUCUCACGUCUCAUUGCCAGAUUUUUUAUUAACUAUUAAAAUAACAUUAAUGAUGCUAAAUAUAUAAACUAUAUAGAUCCAAUGAUUAAAAUUUAGUGUGAAUGAAGAUAAACUAUGAAGAUUUAGUGUCAGACAUGUUUUUCCUGUUAUCUUUUCUACUCAUGUUUUUUUGUUGUUUCGUUUUUUUUUGUUUUUUUUUUGUGUAACUUUACAAGGGCAGGGCUAAAUGUAGUGGGAGGGACUAGCCAGGAUCUCAGGGUCCAGUUAUAUCAGUACUCCUAUUUCGUUCUUUGAGAUUCAUGUUUUAAACUUUUUUUUUUAACUUGUAAAAUGUUUAAUUUGUCAUAGACCAGCCUGUAAUUUUUCAACUAAACUCAAAACAGGUUAAAUGAUCUCAUCUUGGUUCGUCUACACCAAUGUUCAAGCCAUGCAAAGUGUUUUGGUAACACUUUCUAACAACCAUACUUUUAAUACUUUUAAUAGCCUAAUUAAGCAGAACAAAGAUAAUUUGUAAUGAACAAACAGUUAAUUUAGAAUGAUUCAGGAUUAGUAACUACACACAGUAUGUAUGUAAUACAAAAAAAUGGAAAAAAUAGACUCCUAACACCUUAAGUAGGUACUAUGCCUGAAUCAUUCUUAAUAAACAAUGUACUCAUUAUGAAUUAAGUCUGUGUUUAAAUAAGGCUAAUUAGGCUGUAGUUAUCAUAUAGUGUUACCAGUAUUUCACAUUAGUACUAAAACUAUGACAGCUUUUACUAUUUAUACCAUGGUCAGUGAGAAUUCCAAUGGCUAACUGCGGUGCGUAAUGUACAAGUAGUCCAGCAAUAGCCAAAUCACCUUCUAGAUCACUGCUCUGCGGCCGUCACCAUGACACCACCAUAGCAACAGAUAAACAAAUGCUCAACUGCUGGGAGUAGAGCGUAGGGACUAGCUUCAUUUAAAAUACUGAAAUAACUAAUAAUAUAAUACUAAUAUUUUGACAUUUACAGCCAUAGAAGAGGCUUUUUAUAUUCACACUUGAGACAUCAGUUUAUAGCCAUGAUUACAGCGCAUUAAACCACUUGGAGCCAUGCGGUCUACAGUUUUAUCGCACAUCGCGAAGCAAUUAAGUAAUGCUUACUUUCUACCAUAAGUGUUACACACAGGAGCUCAACUUAACAGGGGUUAACAUUUAUUUGUAUGUUAACAUGUUUUUCUAAACUUUUUUCUUUUCUUACAUCAUCUUGUGUCCUGACUUUUAACCGAAAAAAUACUUGCGUUUUAAAUCUAUCUGUGUAAAAAAAAAAAAAAAGUUGCUCACUAAGAAUACUGUGACAAAAUAUUUAGACAAACCAAAUGCACACAAACUUUGCUGCCAUAAUGGUACUCAAGACGUUUUCAAUAUGUGGUGCGAUAACUGUCCAUCACACACACAAGUGUCUGGUACUCAAAAGAUAAAAUUUAAAGGGGGUAGAAUAUACUAGCUCCUUGCAUGGUUGACUGUGACUGUGGUUCAUGACAAUACUUGCUUUUUUUUCCUAAAGGUUUUUAAUCAAAUUGCUGCAGAAACCUCUGCACAACAAACUGCUGCUUUAUUUAACCCAGAAAUCACUUUUCAAAUUGGUAUCAUGCAUUACAUUUAUCCUAAGCCAGGGUCGCAGAAUAUAAGACCCAAAUAUGUGCGAGUGUGGGACUACUGUGUGGAUUGCAUUAAUGAUAUUAUGUAAAAUUUUGACCCAAGGUGACCCAUUUAUACAGGGUUAACAGAGAUAUUUGGUAGAGUAGGUCGCCAGAGUUUUAUCCCGGCUGCUUUUCCCUCCAUUUCUUAUUAUCCAAAUACAAUGAGUUCAAAUUAGGAUCCAACAUAGUCACAGAGUCAAAUGUAUAAUGUUCUUAUGGAGAAAAUAAAAACUUGCCAAAUGUUUGAGAUUCUCUAUUAAUGUGCUUGAAUAUGUUUAGAAAGUGACUGUGAACUGAAUCCAGAUUUGAAAAACAAAAAUAGCAAAUUUUGUCACUUUUUUUCCCAUCCGAACUCUGUAUCCUUCCAAACUCUGUAUCCUUACUACAUUUGUCAGCUCAAAUCCAAUAAGGACUAAACCAGGUCUAAUCGUUUCUAAAACUACUACAUUAAUCUUUCAAGUCUGAGUGCCGAUUGUAAUAUUAUUGAAAUACAUUUUAUUCCAUAUUACAUCAUAACUGUAAUCUAGUGUAUGUGUUGUGCAGCCAUGGUUCAUACAGGGUUUUAGUAUUCUGCCACAAAAUAGUGAAGCUAGAAAAAACAAUUUAACACAUUAUGCAUGAACUCAAACUCCAAAAUAAAGGCUUGAACUUUCACUGCAGCAUCACUUCACCGUCCCAGCUGUGUAUGUGCUGUUUCAAAGUAGUAUGUAACCCUCCUGCUAUUUGUCUUAAGAUUCAGUUCUCUUUUAUAAGAAUGAAUGUUUUAAUAAUGAUCUCUUGAGAGACAGAUUACAGAUUACAGUGAAAGAAAUUAUUUCACAGCUCUGCUAAAAUAAAAAAAAAAAAACAGCCAGAUCACCACAGUGUGUUCAAGUAAUAAUUCCAGGCCAGUGUUGUGUUAAAAUUACCACUUCACUGGCCACACAAUUUGAAAUUUGGCUUUUGGGGCAAGAAUUGGGUUUCAUGUCAAAAUAAUGUGUAAAUUGUUGUAAAUUAUUUUAAUUGGUAGUAUCAGUGUAAAACAUGAUACACCCAGAAAAAUGUAGUUUUUGUAUUAGGGCUGCACAGUAUGUGGAUAAAGGUGAUAUUUCAAAAACUUUAAAUUAACUGUUCAAUAUUGUGAGAACAGUUUUGCAAUUGUUUAGAGAAUACUGGUUAGUUCAAUUAAUGUAAAAAUAGAGUGUUAGUUACUAGCCAAGUGUGUCAAAAGACAAAAAACACAAUCAAAACUGGGCUAAUAGGCUCCAUGCACAACAGCGCACAGGAACCUCACUGUAAUCGUCACUGAUUCUUGUCCAGUUUUAUCUCUCUGGGGUUUUUGCCAAGUGACACUAAAAGAUCGGGCAGUGAACAGAGAGCUGCGGGUGCAUGUCACUAAGAACAUGUUAAAAACUACACAAAUAAAACAAAUACUUCACUAGAGGACACUUCCGUGUUUAGAAAGGGAUUUUUGCUUCUCAAUGCUAUUGCUAAUUUUGAGUCAUAAUAAAUAUUUAAACAACACCACAAAGUGAAGUAUUCUACAUAUAGAAAAUAAUUGGGGAGUCUUUAUUUUUAAUUAAUUUGAAUUUUAAUAGGUUGUUUAUUUUAUGUUUUACGAUUUUAAUAAAAAUGACUGUUUUGCGACACAGUGAUCUCGUUAGAGGGCUGCUGUGCAUAGAGCCUGUUACAGUUGAAGACAAUAACAUGACAUCUUGAAUUAAUGCAUUUUCAUUUUAAAGGUGUAUUAUGUAACUUUCUGCUAAAGGUUUUAUCACAUUCUUGGCUCCAUAAAGUUGUUAUUGCACUGCCUGAAUAAUUCCACAUUAUGGCAUUAAAUUAUACAUUCAAGCACAAGUGUUUUUGUUUUUUUAAAUUAAGAAAUACCAUGGAAUAGCAUGUGUUCUUACUGUGAGCAGGGUCACUUCUUUUCAGAUCUGACUUGUAAUUUGAAAAAACCUGCUUGCCUCCAUGCAGCUAGAUAAAGUUAAUGCCGUACUGUGGAACAUUCCAGUCAAAGAAGUUAAAGCUCCAUGGAGACAAGAGAGGCUCUGUAAGUAAAACAAUGUGAUAUCUGCAAUAUUCCUUUUCUUUCAAUGUGGAUCUUAUAAUCUAAUCUUGUUCUAAUGAUCAUUUUGAAACAUAUUGUGUGGCCCUAUUUUGGAAGGAUUUUUUAAAUAUUUUCUCAGAGCUCUUUUCGUUCUCAGUGUGGUACAUAAAUGUUUGUAGGUAAUGGUCGCAUCGUUAACAGCUGCCUCAGGAUCUUUCCAACUUUGUGCGGAGGGGCAUGGGAUACACCAGCAUUGUACAUGUAUAUAAACUAUACAAAUAAGACAACUGUUCAAAUAUAGGAAGGAUAGUGAAGAUCAAAAAACUUCUGUAUUUGUUUGAAUUACUAAGGGCAAAAUGGCAGAUUCUCAAAAACCUGUUUAAGUUGUUACAGAAACCCUAUGUUUAAAUAUUGCUAGUGAUAAUAGUAAAUGAUGAGCAAUAAUUCAAUUCUGUAAUCUCAACAAAUAAAGAUGU